AUGCAAGCUAAUUACCCAGAUAAACUACCCCCGACUUUUUGGGAUACGGUAAAUAUCAAUUAUCCUGUUAAUAAAUUUCUGGAAACAGGUGUUUCAAGUGAAACAAUUGCUAGAGAGUGGAGACCUCCUUUGGAUGUACUAAAGGCUCUAAAAACACCAUCUGAGGAAGGAAAACAAUAUAACAGGGAUUAUACCUUAACACUUGAUUUCUUACGCACUCAAACUAAUUUGGACUAUGCAUACAAAUCACCUGAAGCGUGUCGGUUUAACAAGCAUAGUUCUUGUACAAAAAACUUUUUUAUUUAUCCUCCUAGUAAGAAGCCUAAAGUGGAACCGUUUCGUAAAGAAAUAGAACAGUGGGAUACGACGUAUGAAGGUUUUGAAAAAUAUUUAGAUCCCUACUUGACUACUAGUAGAUUACAUCAUCGACCAUAUACCGCUGAUCAGUUAAGCAAACCAUCGAAUACAAGGGAUAUUCUAACAUAUUAUACAUAUUCAAAUACGCCAUGGAUUCGCUCUCCAAAACCAGACACAUCGCAGUGGCGUCUUCCUCUAAGUAAGGCCAAAUCGGUAUAUGAUAGAGAAAAGUUUAAAGAGGCUUUUCGCGAGAUAAGAACUCAUAAUAAGAUUAAUUGGGUACCUAGGACAUUUCGUACAGAAACAAGGGACAACUAUACACAGCAAUCAUCCCAACCUAUAUCACAAAUAUAUUAUGAUAAUGAAAGAGAAGUUAGAUCUCAAUACAAACGUUGUAUAGCAAAGUUACAAACGAACACACAACAAGAACAGUCUUCUGUCAAACAUUUUUAUACAACAGAAAACUCUCACAUUGGAUCUGGAAAGCCGAUAUGUUCGAUCAUAGAUCAAUAUUUACAAAAGAAUAAGAAAUUAGAGAUGAGGGAGAUAAAAUAA